CUCCCGCGCUUCGCAAGAAAUGCAACCAGAAGCAGGUGCAGAACCAUGGGAAGCUCUUGACCUAGACGACUCUGAACUCCCAUCUCUCCUCCGACCUUGUAAACGCAAAACUUCACUACCUUCUUCCUCAAAUCUCAACAAUUCCUACAGUACAAGUACUCCGUUGCUCGAGCCUUACACUCUCAGAUCCUCUUCACUUCCCCCCCGUCUGCCUCUUCCUACGCUCAUCCCUGGCCCCGCAGGAGCUGUUCAGGCUGCCAUGCGAAGGAAAACAAGCCACGAGGCUGAUUCUCUCGGUGACCCGGGUGAUGAUGGGGUAGCGAUUGGGACGCCCUUGAGUGUUAUCAGGAAUUGGGGUAAAAUGAACAAGAUUGACCAGGUUGUGGCCAUUGUCAAAACCUGUACCCCUAAUGGUCUUGGCGAUUUCAUGGUAACCCUGAAGGAUCCAACGGGAACCAUAGAUGGUAGCAUCCAUCACAGAGUGUUUACCGAGAGUGAAUUUGGAAGGGACGUAUGUGUUGGUGCAGUGUUGAUUCUACAAAAGGUUGCAGUUUUUGCUCCUUCGCGCACAGCACGGUAUCUCAAUAUGACACUCAACACCAUAGUCAAGGUCAUCUCAAAGGAUAGUGGAACUCUGCUAAAACAGAAUAAUCCUACAUCUCCUGUUGUUGAAAAUCAGAAACAGGCAAUGAUGCGAGAGAAAGCACCGGGAGGUACUCAAGGAAUCAUGGAUAACCUCAGACAAAAUGCCCAGGUGAGAUGGAGGACUCAAACUCAUGUGGAUAAAGAAGUAAAAGGGGGAGAUUCAGCAUUCAGAAUCAGCUGCCAGAGUGAUGAGAGUAGAAGAAACCAAAGUGAAAAACAGAGCAAUCAUUUGGUGAGGCAAAAUGCUGGUGAGGUAAUGAGAGGCAGAGAAACCAGAACCAGUACUACUAAUGAGGAUCAACAUGUCUUAGUUUGUGAGCAAGCCUUCCCACUUAUUCAGAGUAACAGAGGCACUCAGUUGGACAGUAUUCGGAGCAGUAAUCCUGCAACAAAUUUUUUCGGAAACCCUGACAAAGAAAAUGAGAAUAUCUUUGGCGAAGAUAAUGAGAAUAUUAACAUUGUUAUGAAGCAAAAGAAGCAGCCGGUAAUAUCAAAAGGUUCACUCCCAAAGUGGACUGACGACCAGCUGAAUGAACUGCUGGAAUUUGUUUGAGGUGGUGAUGGUGUCUGGAAUGAUAUUCGGCUUUUUUGUUGCACUAGGGAGUUGCAGCAUGUAAAUGGAUUCUUCUUUUGAAGGCAAAUUACAGUAACAUCAAGAGUUUGGGAAAAA